AUGCUCAAAAAAUAUCUCUCAUCAUAUUAUUCUAACGAAUAAAUAAGAUCUAAAAAAAUCAAUUUGAAAACAAAAUUAGAUUUUUAAGGAUUCACUAAAGCAAGUAUUAUUAUUAAAGUACCUUAGAAUUCAUUAAUUAAGAUUUAACUUAAAGAACUAUUGAUUAUACUUCUCCCAAAAUUUAACUAAAUUUAGGGUCCAUUGAAAAUCAGCAUCCCAAAAUUAUUAAGCCUUAAACUAAGCAAACAAAUCUAAGUCUCUAUGCACAAUAAAUAUUGUCCAGUAAUUAAGUAAAUUCAUCUUAGAGAAUAAUAAUCAAUCAUCAAUGGACAAUACUCCUAAGAAAGGAUUAGAUUUACUCAUAACUAAAAGAGAUGAAGCAUAUAAAUAUAGAUCUGUUUCAUAAACUCAAAGAAAUCUAUUAAUCAAACGAUAAUGUAGUGAAGAAAAAUGUAAAUCAAGUGAAAGAAUCAAAGUUAUAGAUGUAUUUAAUUAAAGUCCUAAACAUAAUAAAUAACCUAAUUCCUAUUAAACAUACAUAACAAGCAAAGAAAUAUUAAAAGUUAAACUUAAAUAGUAGCAAUAACAUUUAUAAAACAAAUAAUCUAAAAUCUCCAUUCAUAUUGUAAUAUUUACACUCUAUUCUAGAAUAAUGCAUAGCAAUAAUAAAGUAUCAAAUAACCAAUCUCUAGUAGACUCAAUGAGUCAAGAGACAUAUUGUCACAAAUGAGAAGAAACUCAAUAAACACAUAAAAGUUGAAUAACAAUCCAGAUCGAGAAGGGGUCACUACACAAAAGAAAAAAUAUUUCUUUAAUUCUCCACAAAACAAUGAUUCUAUGGGGUUUGAACAUGAUAGUAAAAGUAACAUUUAAGUGGCUCGGAAUCUAAAAAUUGAACUUGAAAAAGUUGAAAAUGAAAACAUUCUCGAAUUAUUGUUACUCUCAACACAAGAACUAAAUAAUAAAUUUAAGAAGAGUCAACUCAUAAGAAAUGAAUCUGAAGAAAAAAUUCCCAUAAAAAUUAGAGUUAGAGCUGGCAAUAAAUUUCCUAAAGACUUUUUUUAAUGA